AGCAAGUUUUGCAUGUAGAUUGUAUGUGUGUACUCCUGGACUGGCAAUAGUAAGGUACAACAACUAAUUAAGGACGUACUUCAUCGCAUAGCAUCGCGAGUUGUACCUUUUUCUGGCGAUAGCAAUAUCACACAUUUACAUCAACAAAGCUCCUUUACUCAAUUUCACUCUCCUUCUCCUUGAUCCCUCUAAAACGCCAAGGCUCAGCAGCUCCAUAGCCCUCGCUUCACCGGCUUGUGCGCUGCACAUCGCGAGUUGUACCUGCUUGCUGUUUUGUGAACAUGGAUGAUGGUGGAGAAGGGGGUUUAAGCUUCGAUUUCGAGGGUGGGCUGGACUCCGGCCCGGCGCACCCGACCGCGUCCGUGCCCGUAAUCCAAUCGGCAGCGGAUGCGAACGCGGCCCCCGCCGCGGCCGCGCCCAAUUCCAAUAACCCUACCGCCGGGCCCGUGGCGGCGGCGCAGCCCGCAGAUGGAAUGGGCGGCGGCGGAGGCGGAGGCAGGAGGAGCUUCCGGCAGACGGUGUGCCGCCACUGGCUGCGAUCUCUGUGCAUGAAAGGCGAGGCAUGUGGAUUCCUGCAUCAGUACGAUAAGUCUCGGAUGCCAGUUUGCCGGUUUUUUCGGCUGUACGGAGAGUGUAGGGAACAGGACUGCGUCUACAAACAUACGAAUGAAGAUAUCAAGGAAUGCCAUAUGUAUAAGUUGGGAUUUUGUCCAAACGGCCCUGAUUGUAGAUACAGGCAUGCAAAGCUGCCAGGACCUCCACCUCCCGUGGAAGAAGUUCUUCAGAAGAUUCAGCAGCUGACUUCGAAUAACUAUGGAAAUAACAGAUAUUUUCAAAAUCGUAAUAAUCAACAAACAGAUAGAUCUCAAUUCCCUCAAGGAUCAAAUGGUAUGCAUCAAGUAGGAAGAAGUACAGAGUCUGGUAAUAUUCAUCAACAGCCACAGCAAAUAGAGCAGUCUCAACAGCAGGGAAGCCAAGGUCAAAUGCAGAAUAUUUCAAAUGGGCAGCAAAAUCAAGCUAGUAAGACAGCCACACCACUGCCCCAAGGAACAUCUAGGUGUGUUCCAACAAGGUACUUUGUGGUGAAAAGUUGCAACCGGGAGAAUCUGGAACUGUCUGUACAACAAGGAGUAUGGGCAACUCAAAGAAGCAACGAGGCUAAACUUAAUGAAGCUUUUGAGUCUGUUGAGAAUGUCAUUUUAAUCUUUUCAAUUAACAAGACCAGGCAUUUUCAGGGUUGUGCAAAGAUGACAUCUAGAAUUGGUGGCUCUGUUGGUGGAGGGAACUGGAAGCAUGCUCAUGGAACUGCACAUUAUGGAAGGAACUUUGCUCUGAAAUGGUUAAAGCUCUGUGAACUGUCCUUCGACAAAACACGGCAUUUGAGGAACCCAUACAAUGAGAACCUACCUGUGAAGAUAAGUCGAGACUGUCAAGAACUGGAACCUUCUGUCGGCGAGCAGUUGGCAUCAUUGCUCUACCUCGAGCCAGAUAGUGAUCUUAUGGCUGUCUCGAUCUCAGCCGAACUGAAACGAGAGGAGGAGAAAGCAAAGGGAGUAAACCUCGACAACAGACCAGAAAACAUCGUGCCCUUCGACGACAACGAAGAAGACGAAGACGAAGACGAAGAAGAGGAAGAAGAAGACGACGAAGAAGAAGAAGAAAACGGAGAAAACGGGAACUUUUACGGCCGUGGAAGGGGCGGCGGCCCGGGAGGAAUGAUGUGGGCCCCACACGGGCCUCACGUGCCCUUCCGUGGGCCCCGCCCUUUUCCCGCAGCAAUCCCGGGCUUCCCCCCCAUGCCUCCGCCGCCCGAUCCUUUCGGCAUGGGCCCACGAGGGUUUGGCCCGUACGGCGGCCCAAGAUUCGCCGGCGACUUUGGUGGGCCCGGGAUUGGGCCCGGAAUGAUGUUUCCGGGCCGUCCAGCUGGUGGGUUCGGGAUGAUGGGCCCGCCAGGCCCAAUACCGGGCCGGGCUCCUUUUAUGAGGGGUGGAAGGCCACCGGUGGGAAUGCCACCUCCUUUUUAUCCUCCUCAGCCUCAACAACUGCCUCACCAAAACUUGAAUCGGGUAAAUAGGAGAGAACAAACGGGACCUUAUGGUAAUAAUGAGAGGCAUGGCGGUUUUGAACAGAGCAAAGGGCAAGAGAGUGUUGAUGGGAGGAAUCAAGAGAGAGAGAGCGCCGGUUUUCAACAGGAGGAUCGUUUAUAUAGUGUUGGGAAGAGCUAUAGGAAUGAAGAGAGUGAGAGUGAAGACGAGGCCCCGAGAAGGUCGAGGCACGGCGAAGGGAAGAAGAAGAAGGCGUCUGGAGAGAUUGCUUAAGUCGAGUUUCGUGUUUUUUUACGUUUAUCGGGUGAAAAUCCCCGAAUGAGAAUCUUUGGGACAAAGAAUGUUUUUUGGUUUGGUGAAGUAGAGGAUUUCAAGUGAAUUUGAUUGAUCCCUCAGGGCUAACUUGAGAAAUUGCUGGAUGUUAUGAGCUAUAUAUGAUAAAAUGGAGUAUAAUAUGUAUUAAUAUUCACAUAUAAUGUUAGAUUUUGUUUUCUUUUCUA